GAUUGUUCUUUUAUUUUUGAGAAAUAAUGAAAAAAAAAACUAUUUUAUCAAUCUAAAUGAAAUUACUAGUGAAGAAACAAAAGUGAGGAAAAGCAGUGAUCUUCAGAAGCAGAGAUUGAUUUGAGAUUGAAGAUGAGCAGUGGUCAAAGCGGCGGAGGAGGUGGCGGCAGCGGCGGCGGAUCCCAUUCCCUGGCUUUCAGGGUAAUGAGGCUAUGCCGACCCUCCUUCCACUCCGACCCAGUCCCACUCCGUCUCGACCCCGCCGAUCUCCUCGUCGGCGAAGACAUCUUCGAUGACCCCAUCGCCGCCGCCCAGCUCCCUCGCCUCCUCCCUUCUCACUCUCACUUCUCCACCGAUUCCGAUCUCACCUACCGCUCUCGAUUCCUCCUCCCCGACCUCUCCGACUCCAUUGGCCUCUCCGGCCUCCUCGUCCUCCCCCAAGCUUUCGGAGCUAUUUACUUGGGCGAGACCUUCUGUAGCUACAUUAGCAUCAAUAACAGCUCCACCUUUGAAGUUAGGGAUGUGAUCAUCAAGGCGGAAAUUCAAACUGAGAGGCAGAGGAUUCUGCUUCUAGAUACAUCAAAAUCACCUGUUGAGUCCAUUCGAGCUGGAGGGCGUUAUGACUUCAUUGUUGAACAUGAUGUCAAGGAACUUGGGCCUCACACGUACGUGUUGGUUUGCACUGCAUUGUACAAUGAUGGUGAUGGGGAGCGUAAAUAUCUUCCCCAGUUCUUCAAAUUCAUCGUUGCCAAUCCUCUAUCAGUUAGGACAAAGGUCCGUGUUGUUAAGGAAGCUACAUUUUUGGAAGCUUGCAUUGAAAACCAUACAAAAUCAAACCUUUUCAUGGAUCAAGUUGAGUUUGAACCAGCUCCGAAUUGGACUGCAAAAAUACUUAUAGCAGAUGGGCACCACACUGAAAGUAAUUCUCAAGCAAGAGAAACAUUUAAGACACCAGUUCUCGUCAAAUCUGGAGGAGGAAUCUAUAACUAUCUCUAUCAAUUAAAACAGUCAUCCAAUGAUUCUUCUCAGAUUAAAGUUGAGGGAAGUAAUGUUCUUGGUAAGCUUCAGAUAACGUGGCGAACUAAUUUGGGCGAACCUGGUCGACUACAGACCCAGCAAAUUUUGGGCAGCGCUAUAACCCACAAGGAGAUUGAAUUCCAAGUUGUUGAGGUUCCGUCUGUUGUCAUCUUGGAAACACCCUUUUUGCUACAAUUGCACCUGGCUAACCAGACAGAUAAGGAACUGGGCCCUUUUGAAGUUUGGCUAUCACAAGACGGUUUGGACGAUGAUAAAGUCAUUGUGUUUAAUGGUCUACAAAAAGUGGUUUUACCAAGACUUGAAGCGCUUGGUUCUUCGACUUUUUCUCUGAAUCUCAUUGCUACUAAGCUUGGAGUUCAGAAAAUUACUGGGAUUACAUUAUUUGAUGCAAUAGAAAAGAAAUCUUAUGACCCUUUGCAAGACUUGGAGAUUUUCGUGGAUUUGGACUAAUUAUCAGGUAGCUUUGACCAUCUCCGCCUGCACUUCCUUGUGUAGUUGGCGCUCAGGACUGAACUAUCAAUGGAGCAGAAGAUUUUUCUGAUUGGUUUCAUCAAUCAAGACUUGUCAGGUUUCAAAAUCUGCUCAACUUCGCUGACUCUGUAUGCCUCGUGAUAUUAUUGCACGGCUUGCUUCUGUGCUAUCUCCACUUUACAGCAAUCCUUUGUUUUUUUCUUAUUAUAAUGACAAUUUGGUCAUUCUCAUGUUCAUUAAUUUAGAGCAAAUACAUAGUUUCACAACUGAUUUAAGAAGACAUGGAAAUGAGGGGUCUCAUUCUAGCUGUCAAGGAGAAAUUUUCACAUGAUUGAUAUUUCAAGUUGAAAGUGAUCCAAAGCUUGUAAAUUAUUACUAUAUAAAAAAGGCUUCUUUCUUUAUUGAGGAAUAAAGUUAAUUAAUCUUAUUAA